UCAUGGGGCCCCCGGGCAAUAGGGGAUCAUGGGGCCCCUGUGUCCUUGCCCAAACUCAAAAAAAGCCUAUGAAAAAGGUACCAGGGGCAUCUCGUGGGGCCCCCUACUGACCCCGGGCCCUCGGGCAGUGCCCGAGUUUCCACAUGGUCAGUCCGCCUCUGGAUUGGACGGAGCCGUGAAUUCAGACAACGGUCACAUCGAGUGCGAUUUGCAUGCCAGGUGACUUGUAAAUCGCAUGCCAAGUCGCACCGUAUUGUCUGCAAUUACAAUGGUAAAACCAUUGCGGUUCCGACC